AUGCUGCUCUACACGAACAGAAUAAUCGAAGUGUGCAAUCAUAUACAUUAUAUCAUGAAGAUAAUUAAAGUGUAUAGAUUUAUUUGUAUUUUAUUAAUAACAUUUUUGUCAGGAAUAGUGUUGCAUAGUCUUAAUUCGUUUGAUACAAUAUUGCAUAUUUCCUUAUAUAGCCGAAAUGAAUAUUUGUCUAGAACAAAUGGAAGAUAUCUUGCAGAGGGACAUCAUUCAAGGGAAACACUAAAGCGUCCUUAUAGUUGCGAACUUACGGAGGAUGAACUUCUAGGACUUUUUCAAAUAAUACAUGUAGAAACAGUAAUUGCAAGUGAUAUAAUAACUGCCAUGAUUUUACGUUUGGAUGAAGAAAAUAAUCGUUUAGAUGUUGAAGAGUUAGUUAGGAACACGGUAUUUAGGCGUUUACGGAGGGAAAUGCCACAUUCCGCCGCAGAGUUAAGAUUAACCAUGGAGGCGAGAUUAAUGGAACUAGUUCAUGAAAUAAUGACAAUUACUCCGUUAAGUAAAGAUAUACUUUUGCACCAGUUAGAAAUUUAUAGAGUAGAAUUGGACGAAAGUGUAGAAAUACUUCGGUUCAUUGCAAAACAGAAUACAGAAGAGGGCAUCUAUGAAUUUUUAAAUAACUUAGCACUUAUAAGAGAAUCACUGGAAAUUCUAUUGAAAAGUAAUGAUAUUGUAGUAUGUGAACAUACAUCAACCAUAAUGGUACUUCGAAUAAGGAGAAGAGUUUUGGACAUUCUUCAUUUUCAUCGUGAGAACACGCUUAAUCGAAUUAAGGAGGAUGAUGGAAUGCCCACAUAUUUAGGCAGCUACCGAUUAUUGGGAGAGUCCCAAGAACACUUCGAUGGAAUAUUCGAUUUAUAUAAGAAGAAAUUUCUACAUAGAAUGGGAUAUAGUGAGGAAGAUUCCGAAAGAAUCAAAACAGCAGUAAAGUCACACGUAGAUCUGACGGAAGGUAUGAACAUAGAUCGAAGACGGAAGGAAAAAUUAAAAGAUUGCGAGCAUAUUAUAAAGCGUUGUAGUAGCAAUAGCAUUUCGAAGUUUUCUAACAAUUUCAAAGUAUUAUCUUCUCCCUAUUUUCUUGCCAUAUGUUCAUUCAUAUUAUAUUCAAAUGGAUAUCACAGAGUUUUUUUUUUUAGCUCUAAUAGGCAUAUUGAUUUUUAA